AUGUCAGAAACAUACGAACAAUACAAGGCCGAUCUCGAUGGUACCCUCGGAGACCCGGAGGAGCCAUUUCCUAAUCUCAAAAAGGUUAAAGUUGAAGCUGAACCUUUACCUCUGGAGCGAGUUUACGUUCGAGUGAGACUGCGGGCUGCCACCGUCAACUGGAGGGAUUUACUCGUCGUCGAGAAUUCCCCCUUGUACAUUCCUGCUCAUCAAGGAUUGGUUCCUCUGGGUGAUGGCGCUGGCGAAAUUGUUGAGAUCUCGUCAAAGGGCAGCUUAUGGUCGGUGGGUGACAGAGUAAUUACCGUUCCUAACUGUGGCUGGAAGCAAGGCUAUGAUGUUGCCGACUUUGAUCCAGUCCCUGGUUACGGCUCAUCAAAUGUAGAUGGGACGCUCUCGAAAUUCAUGAUUGUUCGAGACGAUGGCAUUGUAAAAGCACCAUCGAAUCUCUCAUGGGAAGAGGCUGCUUGCCUUCCAGUUGCUGGAGGAUCGGCGUGGAAUGCCUUGUUUCACGGCCCAACACCUGUGAAGCCCGGCGACUUCGUGCUCACUGAAGGCAUUGGUGGCCUAAGUACAUUCGCCAUCCAGCUGGAAGAGGCCAAAAAGCUCGGGGCCACAUACACAAUCAAUUACACCAUAGUUGUAUGGAAGUAG